AUGCCCUCGUACUCCGUGAAUGUGCUGAUGCCGGGUGAUUGCGGCAUAACUGCAAUGGCCGAUCCGAUUGCUGCCGGCACGGCUACAGCCAGCUCGGAGGAAGCUAAAGUGACCCGGAAUCCAUACGGCACGGCGGAGAUGGCUUCUACGCCGGCAACUUUGGCCCACAAAAUGGUCUAUUUCAUCUACGAUCGACAAGCGUGCGAAAAGGAAACUUGGGAGAUUUCUUUCUGGAACGAGUUCCGCCGUACCAACGCGGACGUCACGAUGGACGCGAAAAGCUUGCGUACUUUCUUCUUCCACGGCAUCAUGCAGAACUCCGACUAUCUGGAGGAUCUACGGCGGGAGGUUUUAAAAUACAUCAAUCCGCUGUUUAACCGGCUCCGCCAGGAAGUGUUGGAAUUUAGAGACCUUGUAGAGGGUAUCGAUUACGUGCACGAUCAGCCGCAUACUGUGACCUUAGAGGAAAACCGUUUGCCUCCUCUACAGCUGCAGUCUUGCCAUCAGGCACGAACUACCCCAACGUCCGUGUCUUCGAAGCGAUUUGUAACGCCGUCCCCCGCACAAAUCCAAAGCUUCGUGGCGGAUGAGAUGAGUGAGCUCGUUUGGAUCGAAGAAGAACGAUCGUCAAACCAAACGCUAAGCAUAAACGAGUGUUUGCAGCGGAUGGCCAUGCUCACGCACCAAGGCAUCCCGUUGAAGGAUUGCAUCGAGCCCGGAAUGAAAUGUUUUGAGCGCUUCAGUACCCAUAACGAGUCGACCCGUAUGUUGAGACAAGAAUUACCAUAG